AUGAUUUACUGGCUUAUUCUACCUUUUGCUGUCAAUUUGGUGACUUCCGAAGAUCCAAUUUUACAGACAAAUAUCGGCAAAUUUGUCGGAUUUACUUUGGAAUUUGAAGCCGGGAAAGUUGACGUCUUUUAUGGGGUACCCUUUGCAAAAGCACCGAUUGGAGAUCUCAGAUUUGAAGUAGGCAUCUUAUUCGAGUAAAUCCCUAUUUUUUAGAAACCCAUUGAUGCUGAUUUUUUGGAAAAAAGAUACGCCAAAUCUCUGCCUCCAGCUUGCUACCAGCAGGAUUACGGUAGAGUGAUCAACAAGAGCGAAGAUUGCCUUUAUUUGAACAUCUUCAGACCUCACAAAAAGGUAACAAAAGUUAAUCUCUCAUCUUGAUUGUGAGAUUCCAGGACCCCAAAGGGUACCCUUCUUUAUUCUUCAUCCAUGGCGGCGCUUUCCAAGCCGGCUCUGCCCUAGAACAUACCACAGAAUACGCGGCCGAGCAUUAUGCAACUCAAGGAAUUACUUUAAUCUUCCCACAAUACCGCCUCAGUAUUUCUGGUGAGUCUUGAAAACAUUUCCUAGACAAUGUUCAGGCUUUGGCUCCACAAAUUCUGCGGAUCUUCCGGGAAAUCUCGGACUUUGGGAUCUCCAAAAGGCCCUACAAUUCCUCCAUCAGAACUCUGACUCCUUAUAUCUGGAUCCAACAAGGGUUACCGUAGGUGGAUACAGUGCUGGCUCAGCCGCCACAAGUGCCUUGACCAUCUCUCCGCACACUCGAGAUCUGUUUCUUCAAAGCAUUCAAUUCAGUGGCUCCAUUUUUUCGGAAUGGGCAUUUAGUAAUCGAGGGGUUAUUCAUACAGAAAGAGUGAUCAAACUGUUGGGGUGUGAUGGAGGGGAGGUUAAAAAAUGUUUAAAGUCAAAAACUGCAGAGGAAUUGGAAGAUGCGACUGCUCAAGCUGUAAGUAAAGUAAUUUAAGUUAGUUUUAUUUUCCCAGCAGCAUUAUAUUUUCCUUGUUUUAGCAUGAUGCUGAAGGGGAAAUUAACAGUUUUGAUUACACCCCCAAAAUCGACGGUGACUUUUUCCCUGCCGAUGUGGCUGAGCUCUUGGAUUCCGCAAAACCCAAGAAUUCUCUGAUGUCAUUAACUGAGCACGAAGGUCUUCUUUUCAGUAAGUUCACCAUAAUAUUUAUUAUAGCGUCUUUUUUUAAAGAAGCAAAAUUUAUUUUUAGCAAUCUACUUUACAAAUGAAGUCGAGAUCUUCCAUCAUUCGCUGACAAAAGAACAAAAAGAAAAAUUUUCAAAAAAAGAUUUUGAAGGCUUUAUUAGUAAUGUAAUUGCGCCACGGAAAGUUUUUGGGGAGAAACAUGAAGAAGUUGCCAAGAAAAUCAUCGACUUUUAUAUGGACCUGGACAAAAAAGACGGGAAGAAACAUUAUUACUUGGACUUAUAUGGAAAGGUAACUUUUCUUUCGAAUAAUAUAAUUUACUUUAGGUCCUCGGAGAUGUAAUGUUUGUGAUUCCCCAGCUAUCAGAAUUAAAAAAACGGAUGGCCAAAGAUUGGGACGUUUAUCACAUUUUGACAGUCCACAACGAUUACCUGGAGGUCAAUACUCUCCAAGUGGAACUGUUGAAUGCCACUCAUUCCUUCGAAUAUUAUUAUUUAUUCGGCGCUGGAUUUUUAGGCCCACAUGAAUUUACGGAGGACGAUCUAAAGUACAAAAAACUAUUAAUUGACUCAGUAAUUAACUUUGUGAAGACUGGGUAAGUUCAAUAUUCUAUUCGUAUUUUCUAAAACAACGUUUAGAUCGCCCAAAAGUGAAGAAAAUCCAAAUUUUGUAAAGGUCGACAAAGAACAUCCACUGGUUUACACAGAACUUUCAUCUGAAGCAAUAGUGAAAAACAACUUAUUUGGAAGGGAAUUCGAGUUCUGGAGUGAACUCAGCAAUGAUUACGAGUUUGAUAUUAUCCGGGGAAAGCACAAAAGGAGUCACAAGAUCAGGAGCGAACUGUAGUUCAUGAUAAAACUUUUUUAUACGUCUAAUGUAAAUAAAAUAAUAAAAGUUGUGUAGGAUUGCGUAAUCAAGAUUCGAAUCCCGUUUCAUUGAGAGCUCAAACUUGCGAGGGAUUUGUAAUCACUAUGACGUGAGAUCUCGCGCGGAUGUUCUUGAAGUUCGAUGCCAUUUUAUUACUCUUCCUCCGUCUGGGUAAGUCAAGCCUCUAAAGCUGAACUUGUCUCAACAUUAAUGCCUCUAUUGCUUCUAAAACUGUAAUUUUAGUGCUGCAAUGAGACUCGUACUCCUCCUGGCAGUGCUUCUUUCGAUUAUCUCGCUGGCGAUUGCUGAGACCAAAUACAAUCCCUGGGAUCAGUUCCAUUUUGAGAGAUUAUUUGAGGAGUAUACUUACAAAAGAUUCUUCUACGAUGUAAACAGAAUUGCCUAUCAAAUUCAGCAUCCGGAUUACAUGCCCAUGGACGACUGGAAGCCCUCAACUUGGAGUGAUGCCUUUGGCACAAGGGAAUGA